UUCCGUUUGUUCUUUGGUGGAAUAUUUCUUGUAAAGAUGUCUGCUGCAAGGCUAGCUCAAUUUUCGAGGAAUUUUGUCACUUCUGCGAUUAGGCGAAGUGGUGACCAUCAUGAUACUGGUGGUAUUAUUGGAUCGAACUUGCCGUUCUCCCUGGGCAACCGCUACAAGUUGACGGCCAUGUUCAUUCUGUUCUUCGGCAGCGGUGCCGCCAUACCGUUCCUGACGGUGCGCCAUCAGUUGCUGAAGAUGUGACCCGGCUUGUG